GCCUAGCGGGGCGGGGCCGCCCGGCCGGGUCUAGUCCCGCGCGCCGGGCAGCCCCGCACAGACACGCGCCAUGGGCCGCUGCGACCUGCGCUGGCUGCUGCUGGGACUGCUCGGGGCGGCGGGGCUGGGACCCGGGGCGGCCGCCGGGCAGCCGCUGCCGGGCUCCGCGGAGCAGAGGUGCUUCUGCCAGGUCACUGGUUACUUAGAUGAUUGCACCUGUGAUGUUGAAACCAUAGAUACAUUUAACAACAACAAGCUUUUUCCUAGAUUAAAUAAACUUCUGGAAAGUGACUACUUUAGACAUUACAAGGUAAACCUAAAGAAACCUUGCCCUUUUUGGAAUGACAGCAGUCACUGUGGGAUAAGAGACUGCGCAGUAAAGCCUUGUGCAUCUAACGAAGUCCCUGGUGGAACUGAAUCUGCAAGCUAUAAGUAUUCAGAAGAAGCCAGUAAACAUGUUGGAGAAUGUGAGGAGGCUAAGAGACUUGGUGCCGUUAAUGAAUCUUUGAGCGAGGAAACCCAGCGAGCCAUGCUUCAGUGGACCCAGCAUGAAGAUUCUUCAGACAACUUUUGUGAAGCUGAUGAUAUACAGUCUCCUGAUGCAGAGUAUGUGGAUUUACUCCUGAAUCCUGAACGCUACACGGGUUACAAAGGACCAGAGGCGUGGAAGAUCUGGAACAGCAUUUACGAGGAGAACUGUUUCAAGCCUCGGACCAUAGAAAGACCUUUAAAUCCCUUGGCUUCUGGCAGCGGAGAUAAUGAUGGGAAUUCAUUUUACAGUUGGCUGGAAGGCCUCUGCGUAGAGAAGAGAGCUUUCUACAAACUCAUUUCUGGCCUACAUGCAAGCAUCAACAUCCAUUUGAGUGCCAGGUACCUCUUGCAAGAUACGUGGUCGGGGACAAAGUGGGGACACAACAUUACUGAGUUUCAGCACAGAUUUGAUGAAGUCCUUACUCAAGGAGAAGGUCCCAAGAGGCUCAAGAACCUGUAUUUCCUGUACCUAAUUGAAUUACGGGCAAUGUCGAAAGUUCUGCCAUUCUUUGAGCGCCCAGGAUUCCAGUUGUUCACGGGGAAUGAAAACAGAGACAUACACGCCAAAAACCAACUGCUGGAAAUCCUUCACCUAACCAAGUCCUUCCCUUUGCAUUUUGAUGAAAACUCAUUUUUUGCUGGAAAUAAAAAGGAAGCUGCUAAACUAAAGGAGGAAUUUAGGCUCCAUUUUAGGAAUAUUUCAAGAAUUAUGGACUGCGUUGGGUGUUUAAAAUGUCGCCUUUGGGGAAAGCUGCAAACUCAGGGCUUAGGUACGGCGCUGAAGAUCCUCUUUUCACAAAAACUGAUAGAAAACAUGCCAGAAAGCGGCCCCUCUUACGGAUUCCAGCUAACGAGACAAGAAAUCGUCUCCUUCUUCAAUGCUUUUGGAAGUGGUUCCCGAACUGGGGUUUGUGAACUCCUGAAGGUUCGCUAAGUGUUACAGGUUCUCGGGGAAAAAUUCCCUAAUGGUGGACAGAGCUGUUCCUAGGAACUCCGGCCACCAUGGGGCCAGCAGCCUGGAGCCCCUAGACUUCCAAGAUCAAAGCAAGCAUCUCUAUCACACUGAGGAGAUUUAAACUUCAGGUAUCCUUAUAAGAAAUGGAAAGGGAGGUGGAUAUUUUUUGCUGUUUUUAAAAUUCAAUAGGCAGCUACUAUUGUUUUAAAAAUGAUUAUGAAGAGCAAGUUUAAGCUUUGUUGUAACGUGCGUUUUUUGCCUGGACUGCUCAAGACCUGAAUGCUUGUGUAGGAGGAACUCUUUGAGUUGGCUUCUUAAAUACCUUCCUCCUGUUUCACAUCUGAUACUCCUUGAUGAAACAUAGGAGCUUUGUCUUCUAACAGCCUUAUUCAGAGUGAUACAAGCUACGAAAGUGAGAUCUUGGAAGA